AUGGGGAAGAAAAACAAGAAAACGCGCAAGGAGGCAAAGGACCUAAAUCCUGUCACGGAAGAAGCGACUUCGGAGGAAGCAGUUGCGAAACAUGAACCGACUUCGGAGGAAGCAGUUGCGAAACAUGAACCGACGACGGAAGAAGAAGAAGAUGUGUCAAUGAAAAAGAAACGCUCGGUUAGUACGAGCAGCAACGACGAGCAACCUACAGAGUCGAAGAAGGCGAAGACUGAGCAAGUUGACAGUAAUGAAGAUGGCGAAAAGCCCAAUUUUUAUGCCGAAAGUAAGGAUGACACUUUCGAAAACCUGCCAUUGUCCGAAAAGACGAAGUACGGAUUGAACGAUUUGGGUUUUACUCGCAUGACACAGAUUCAGAGUAAAGCGAUUCCGCCUCUUCUGACAGGAAAGGACCUCAUUGGAGCAGCUAAGACCGGAUCUGGCAAAACUCUCGCUUUUUUGAUCCCCUGUAUUGAGCUUUUGCAUAAAGCAAAGUUUACGUCCAAAAAUGGAACGGGGGUGAUUGUGAUUUCUCCGACAAGAGAGCUGGCUAUGCAGAUUUACGGCGUUCUCCAAGAGCUUUGCACGCAUGGAAAGCACAGUCAGACGUAUGGUCUGAUUAUGGGUGGAGCAAACAGACGAACGGAAUCUGAGCGCUUGGCAAAAGGAGUGAAUGUCAUUGUCUGUACUCCCGGUCGUUUGUUGGAUCAUUUACAAAAUACAAAGGCUUUUGUGUUUCGUAACUUACUGGCGUUGGUCAUGGAUGAGGCCGAUCGCAUCUUAGAACAAGGGUUUGAAGACGACUUGCGCUCUAUUUUGAAAUUGCUACCAAAGGAAAGACAGACGAUGCUUUUCUCCGCUACACAAACCAAGAAAGUCGAGGAUUUGGCGAGACUUUCUAUCAAUCCGAAGAAUUCGGUUUUUGUCGACAUUCCGAGCGAUACUAACUUGGCUACUGCUGCUGGACUAGAGCAAGGCUAUGUGACUUGCCCAUCCGACAAGCGUUUCCUUCUACUUUUCACGUUUCUGAAAAAGAACAAGAAAAAGAAGAUUAUGGUAUUCUUUUCGUCCUGCAACUCGGUCAAAUACCAUGCUGAACUGUUGAACUAUAUUGACGUUCCUGUUAUGGAUAUCCAUGGUCGCCAGAAGCAAGUAAAGCGUACAACGACAUUCUUUCAAUUUUGUAAGAGCGAUAUUGGCACGAUGUUGUGUACAGAUGUCGCAGCUCGUGGACUUGACAUUCCUCGUGUUGACUGGAUCAUCCAAUUCGAUCCACCGGACGAUCCAAAGGAGUAUAUUCAUCGUGUAGGACGCACAGCUCGAGGUGCCAAGGGAUCUGGACGAGCCUUGCUGUUUUUGACUCCAGAAGAAACGGGAUUUCUGCGCUACCUUAAGGCCGCAAAGGUGACUCUAAAUGAAUAUGAUUUCCCAACCACAAAGGUUGCAAAUGUGCAGUCUCAGCUUUACCGGUUGAUUGAAAGCAACUAUUAUCUGAAUCGAGCGUCGCGUGACGCCUAUCGAAGCUACCUUCUUGCAUACGCAAGUCACUCUCACCGUGAUAUAUUCAACGUGCACGAGCUGGAUCUACAGGCUGUAGGUGUGGCCUUUGGCUUUACAACACCGCCUCGCGUUGAUUUGGCAUUUGGAAAAGAAAAAAGAAAGAAAAAAGUUGACGGCAAAACUGCCAGACUAGCUGGAUCUGGGCAUGCGUUCUCUGCUGACAACCCAUAUGGGAAACGCGAUGCCUCGGACCGAAGGCAAUUUUCGCACUAG